ACAAUCAUUUUUAUCAUCAUUUAUUGAUAAUAUAACAAAUAAUCUUUCAAGAUCAAAAAGAAAUUAUCAAUAUAAUGAGUCUGUUAAACGGUUUGCACUAUUAUUAUAUAUAUUAGGUGGUAAAUUAGCCUAUGAAUUAAUAAGAAUAAAUUUACCUGGUGCACUUCCUCAUAUGGUGACAUUAAACAGAUUAAUAUCGAAUUCAAAUCACAAUAUAAAUGAAGGUGAAUUUCAAUUUGAUAGAUUAAAACAAUAUUUAAAUUCAAAUGAUGUACAAUUUGGUUUUGUAUCAUCAAGUCAUAUAAGUUUACCAAGUCCAUUUUUACUAUCUGCCUAUGGGUGUUGA